AUGGAUUCUACGUACGCUGGCCUUUUGCUUGGUGCUGGGCUGGUGUCAUUCCUCGUGCUCAAGGCCAGAAAGAAAACUAACUAUCCUCCGGGACCACCAUCGGACCCGUUGAUUGGCCAUCUUCGAGUUUUACCCUUCGACAAUCAAGACGUGAUAUUCCAUACCUGGGCGAAGAAAUACGGCGAUGUCAUGCACUUGGAGGUCUUGGGAAACCACCUUGUUGUGCUAGACAGCCGCGAGGCAGCCAUCGAUCUUUUAGAGAAACGAAGCGCGAUUUAUAGCGAUAGGCCUUUCGUUCGCGUAUUUGAAAUCCUCGGGAUGUCGGAUAUUGUCAUGAUGCCGUACGGCGAAUCCUUUCGAAACCACAGGAAAUUCGUUCAUUCAUCUAUGACCAAAGGAGCGGUCGCCACUUACCAAACCACUCAGACGGUACAUACCCGCCUUUUCGCUUUAAGCCUAUUGGAAAAUAAGAACCAGCAUGAGAUGCUGAUAAACCGGUGGGCUACCAGCAUAAUUAUAAGCGUCCUUUAUGGUCAGCACGCCGUGGAAGAAGUUGGCGAAUACAUGAAGCUCAUGGAGGACCACAAUGUCGUCGUACUAAACAUUACUCAACCAGGGGCAUCUCUCGUGGAGUUCUUUCCGUUUUUCCAGUACCUCCCUGCAUGGUUCCCUGGGACAGGCCCUGCCCACAGGGCACGGCAGUGGAAAGAUCCGUUCAGACGGAUUUAUGACUACCCUUAUGAACAAGCGGAGAAGAACAUGGCUUUGAAUGGACUCAGAGGAGACUCCGUCCUAUCGCGGACGUGGUGCAAGUUUGCUGACAGGCAAGAUCAUCCUGAGGCCGCCGCCGAAGAGAUCGAAUUGACAAAGCUAGCGACUGGAGCCCUGUUUCGAGCAGCAGUUGAAACCACUUGGUCAACGGUUACGGUGUUGUUUACGGCCAUGAUCUCAAACCCUGAAUGCCAAAAGCGGGGUCAAGAAGAGAUCUCUCGAGUUAUCGGGUCCGAAAGACUUCCAGAGUUCGAAGAUAUGGAUGUGUUGCCCUACACUACCGCUAUCGUUCAUGAAGUAAUGAGAUGGCACCCGGUAGUCCCUAUGGCCCUCCCUCAUCGUUCUGUCCAAGAUGACCUAUACAAAGGCAUGUUCAUUCCUGAAGGCACGACCGUUAUACCCAACUUGACCGGAAUGUCGUUGGACGAAAGGGUAUACAAAAAUCCUACACUUUUCAAUCCCUCUCGCUUUCUACCGAAGCCAGACGGCGACGGCGAACCAAUUUUCGACGCUACUUUUGGAUUCGGGCGUAGAAUCUGCCCAGGAAGGCAUUUCGCAUUCUCCAGCGUAUGGAUUCUUACCGCCACCAUUUUGGCGACGUUGAACCUAUCCGAAGGGAAAGACGAACACGGGGAUACGAUCCCAUUCUCGCCAGAGUUCAAGAGCGCCAUUACGAGGUAA